AUGGACCGGAAACAGACCCGGCUCACCCGGUGUCGCACAGGAUGUAUGCGCUGUCGAGUUCGUCGAAGAAAAUGCGACGAGGGUAAACCACGAUGCCGCAACUGCGUCGACCGGAACUUCCAAUGCCAGUAUGGUCCGCAGUUGACAUUCUUGAAAAAGAACGCGCAGACAGUUCGACCGUCAGAAGUUGGCACCUCAUCUAGCUACGAGGCCAUCCGGUUCAUUGCCGAGGAGCCCCAGAAUGACCACAAUGAGGAAGAUGAUGUUGAAACUCCUCGUGGGGAUAACCAAGGAGUACAGGGUGAUGCCAGCCAUACAGAGGUGUCUUGGGAGCCUACCGACAAGCAACCCAUGCUGAGCGACAAGGACGAGUCAGCAGUUGCAGGUCUGUUGGCCCUGGGCAUGAAUGAUUCACCCAUGAACCUAUCGAGUUUCUCGAUCAAUGAUCCUGCGUUACAAGCACUACCUUCGGCUUUCUCCCCGCACAUCCAGGACGAGAGCACGUCCAUCGAAAUCCAAGCUCUACUGCGACACUAUCGCUAUGAGAUAGCCUCUUGGGUAGGAAUUCCUUUCGCGCUCACUGAACAUCCUUCGCUGACUGAGAAUUUGCAGCUGGACAUCUGUGACCUGGGCCAAUCCUUUGGCAUCAAUGGUUUAGAGCUGGCAAUGGUCUCACCUUCUGUAUGGAACGCGGUUCUCAGCCUCUCUGAGACCUCCUUCAACCAACUUCAUCCACAUAACCCCCCGCGGGAGGAUUUUACAAGAGAAGAGUCGGAAACAAUGCCAGAUAUUACCCAUAUUGCCCUGCUAAGCGUUCUGGGCCAAGUAAAGGAGUGGAUAUCAAACAUUUCGGCGGCAUGGGCCUCAGCGGCACCAUGCGAUCAAAAGCUGCUGAGCGCAGUAAGCUCACAUGCAGUCGGAAGGGAUACCAAUUCCGCGAUAUAUUGGCUGUUUGUUCGACUCGAUCUCGGGGUCGCAUUAGCGACCGAUAGCGAUAUACGCGUACCACUUCCACCGACAUUUCCGUACCUGACCGAGGUAGACAUGGUGGCUGACCCGUUCGAAAUGGUCUUCUACUACGCCUAUCGCCCGCUUUGGCUUUCCGCAAGAGCCAUUCGGUUCAUGCACAAUGAAGAGAUCUCCCAAGAUCGACCUCCCCUCCACGCGUGGAUGGAGCUAGUAGAAGAAUUGGAGCAGUGGUACCGGGAGCGACCGCAGGAAUUUUUGCCCAUGCUGGAGCUGGAUAUGGAUCAUCGAUUAGCGGGUCCAGAGCAGAGCCUCCCGGUAGUUCUGUUCGCUAAUGGGGCCGGGCUGUUUGGGAAUCAAUUAUACCAUACAGCCAUGUUGAUCUUGCUGCACUGCCGGCCGAGGACUGCGAGAGUCAACGACUUCCACUCGGCUGCCAUGUCGCCAUUGUGGCAUGCGCAGCGCAUCUGCAGCAUUGCUCUCCACAACGAUCGGCGAGAGUGUUGGGAUCCGUGCCUCUUGGCUUCAUUUUUGAUGGCUGCACGACGUAUGACGCAUGAAUCCCAACAGCAAGCAGUGACUCAGGGGUUUGAGCGAAUCCGCAUUGUGACAGGGUGGGAUACGAGUGGCUGCUUGCAUAAGCUGCAAGCGGAAUGGUGUCUCCUUGACGAGACGUAA